AUGGGCGACCUGAUGCACCACAUUCUCCAUCCCGACCCUAGCAAUUCUGCCGAAUUGUUGAGUGAACUCGGCCUCUCUGGCUUACCAUCAAGAGAGCAGGUGCACGCGCAAAUAGAAGAGAAGCUUUUACUACCGAAAGAGCGUCUUCCAGAUCAUUGGCUUUCAACGUACCAAGUACAUUGGGAACAUGAACUAUCUGUCCCUUCACUAUUGUCCCUCGAUCCGUCUCCACCGCCUACAACUCUCGCAUUUGUCCGCACAGGCCUCCAGGGUAGAGUAACUGGAUACACAGAAGUGUCCACUCCUCGCAUCUCUUCGGGAUUGACGUCCACCUCUCUUGACCGUGCUCCUGGACCUAGCAGCAACUUCGUCAGGGGCAAAGCCGGCUACGUGCCUUUCUGGCCAGGCGGGCUCGAAGACGUCGCAGCAGAAUCGAAAGCGAUUGAUAGCCUCAGUGAAAACUCCAAGGGCUUGAGGAAAGUGGCGCCUGGUUUGACUCGUGGUCUGCGGCUGCCGGGGGAUGACACAGAAGAAGCAUUGGACGAUCUCGAAGACCUGUCGCAAAGAACACAUCUAAAUACAAUUAAGACGGCACACAAACCCAUCCGCCGCACAAACAUCCAAAAGCGAGACUGGGCGCAUGAGGUGGAUAUCAACAGGCCUAUGACCAACUUCCACGAACUGGUCCCCGAGAUGGCGCACAAGUACCCGUUCGAGCUUGAUACGUUUCAGAAGGAAGCUGUGUAUCACCUCGAGAUGGGCGACUCUGUCUUCGUCGCUGCGCACACGUCGGCAGGCAAAACCGUCGUCGCGGAGUACGCCAUUGCACUCGCCGUGAAACAUAUGACGCGGGCGAUAUACACGUCGCCGAUCAAGGCGCUGUCGAACCAGAAGUACCGCGACUUCAAGCAGACGUUCUCUUCCUCGUCCGUGGGUAUCUUGACGGGCGACGUGCAGAUCAACCCGGAGGCGAGCUGCCUAAUCAUGACGACGGAGAUCCUGCGCAGCAUGCUCUACAAGGGCGCGGACCUCAUCCGCGACGUCGAAUUCGUGAUUUUCGACGAGGUGCACUACGUCAAUGACGCGGAGCGCGGAGUGGUGUGGGAGGAGGUCAUCAUCAUGCUUCCCGAUCACGUCAACAUCAUUCUCCUCUCCGCGACUGUGCCGAAUACGAAGGAGUUCGCGGACUGGGUUGGGCGGACCAAAAAGAAGGACAUCUAUGUGAUAUCAACCGCGAAGCGCCCCGUCCCGCUCGAGCACUACCUGUAUGCCGGCCGCGAUCUGCACAAGAUCGUGGAUGCAAACAGGCAGUUUUUGGGGCAAGGAUACAAGGGCGCGGGAGAGGCCCUCCGCCGCAAGCAAGACAAGGAGCGCGAGGCGGCCGGGCUAGCCCCCGUCCAGCGGCUCGGCGCACGCGCAGCCGCCCCUCAGCGCGGGCAGCGUGGAGGCCCAGUCGGCCGCGGAGGACAGCGUGGCGGGAUGCCAGCUCGUGGAGGUGCCCCGAGUGCGCGGGGCGGCGCGCCACGGACGUUCCACCAGCCAGACAAGAACCUGUAUGUGCACCUGCUGGGAAACCUGCGCAAGAAGGCGCUGCUGCCGGUGGUGGUGUUCACGCUAUCGAAAAAGCGCUGCGAGGAAAACGCGAGUACGCUGACGAAUGCGGAUCUGUGCACGUCCGUGGAGAAGAGCGAGGUUCACGUCGCGAUCGAGAAGGCCCUGUCGCGAUUAAAGGGAAGCGACAGAAAGCUCCCGCAGAUCCGCCGGAUGCGCGACUUGUUGUCCCGCGGUAUUGGUGUACAUCAUGGUGGCUUGCUCCCCAUUGUGAAGGAGGUUGUGGAAAUACUCUUCGCCCGCGGUCUUGUGAAAGUCCUCUUUGCUACAGAGACAUUCGCUAUGGGAGUGAACAUGCCGGCUAAAUGCGUCGUCUUCUCUGGCAUUCGCAAGCACGACGGGCGGAGCUUCCGAGAUAUCCUGCCAGGUGAAUACACGCAAAUGGCGGGACGUGCUGGACGUCGUGGUUUGGACACCACCGGUACUGUGGUAAUAACAUCAAAUGAUGAGUUACCAGAGCAAGGCACUCUUCAACAAAUGAUCCUAGGAGCACCAUCGAAACUACAGUCUCAGUUCCGCCUCACAUACAACAUGAUCCUCAACCUUCUACGCGUGGAGGCUCUUCGGGUGGAAGAGAUGAUCAAGCGGAGUUUCUCAGAGAACCGGACGCAAAAACUGCUCCCUGACCAUAUGAAGAAAGUCAUCGAGAGUGAAAAGACUCUUUCCAGACUGCCAAAGCUCAGUUGCGACGUUUGCUCGCCAGACAUCGAGCGGUUCUACGACAUCUCAUACGAGAUCGUGGAGCGCAACGACGUACUACAUGCAACAGCGGCGAGUCACCCGCAAGGAAACAAGAUGCUAUCGGCCGGUCGCGUCGUAAUCCUUCGUGAUGGGCAUUUCAAAUGGCAUAUUGCAGCAAUCCUCAAAUCCGCCCCUGUCAUUGAGAACUUGAAAUCAUAUUUCGUGCUUGCAAUGGUAGAUCCAGAGACGAAGCGGGGCGCAAACGACGUUGAUCCUCAAUCACUCCCACCGCGUUGGCCGCCUCUCCCCGCCUCGCUCCUCGUCGACGAUGCUACGUACGAGCUGCGUGCUGUUCCACUCACCAGUAUUGCUAUGGUAACUGCACAAACCAUCAAGGUUGAUGUUGAUCUCAUCGUUCUUGGCCACCGGAUCUCUCACAUGCAAGAUGCGGUGAAGUCACUGUCCAUCGUGUUGGAUCAGUGGCUACAGUCGGACACUAUCCCAGAAAUAGAUUGGAGCCGUGUGCGCUCGCUGGACUUCCAGGAGACAUUGGGCGCACGCAAUGAACUCGUCGUCAAAAGUGCAGAGUGCCAAUCUGUCAACUGCGAGGAUUUCGAAGACCAUUAUGCCAUCAUUCACGGGGAGAAGAUUCUGAAGGCGAACAUCGCUGAGCUGAAGCGGACAAUAUCAGAUCAGAACUUAGAGCUCAUACCCGAUUACGAGCAACGGAUAGCGGUCUUGCAGGACCUGAAAUUCAUCGACGAUAACUCCACCGUGCUUCUCAAGGGUCGAGUAGCGUGCGAGAUAAACUCCGCGAAUGAGCUAGUCCUAACCGAGCUCAUCUUGGAGAACACGUUGGCGCCAUUUGACCCUGAGGAAGUCGUCGCGCUCCUCUCUUGCUUCGUCUUCCAGGAAAAGACAGACUCCGAACCCAAGAUCCCGCCCAAGCUAGAAGAGGGCCGGGACGCCAUCCUUGCUAUUGCGGACCGGGUAGCGAGGACACAGGACUAUCACAAGGUCCCAGGUCAGGACUUCCGGCAGCUCAAAUUUGGCCUUAUGGAGGUAGUGUACGAGUGGGCGAAGGGAAUGCCAUUCGAGCAGAUCACUGAACUUACAGACGUCCCUGAGGGCACGAUCGUCCGAGUCAUCACCCGCCUUGACGAGACCUGCCGUGAAGUACGAGACGCUGCCCGGGUCAUCGGCGACGCAGAAUUGUUCAAGAAAAUGGAGGAGGCUCAGAUCAAAAUUAAGAGGGAUAUUGUAUUCGCCGCCAGUCUGUACUUCUAG